AUGUGUACUGAAAAUACUUACGCGAAACAUUAUUUGAAUCGAAGAGCAAAUACAGAAAAUUUGAUAUAUUGUCUUAUCUUAUUUCCAUCGGAUAAUUCGAUUGCAGUUGUUAAAGCAAAACAAUGUUGUCCUGCGGAACAUGAUGGUUUUGUAUUUGUUCAAAGUGGCAAGAAAAAGUUUACAGGAGUUAUUUUGGAAGAAGGAUCAUUAUCACAAUGUAGUGCAGCUGCUGAUAGAUUAACCAAAAAGACGGUCAAUCCAGAAAUUGAGAGCGAUUAUGAACGAAAUAACAAUAUGAAUCAAUUGAAACAACCUCCAACUACAGCAACACUUACUUCGUUGAAAAGUAUUCCAUUUACAGAGAAAAACUCUAAUGGUCAACCACGUUUAGCAUCUGUAAUCAUGAUGUCGACUGAUAAUUCAGCAAAUAAUGUUCGCUCUGAUCAAUCAAUCAACAACUCGUCCUUAAAAGAAAAUGAAGAUGUUCUUCUUGAGUUGCCAAAAGUCGCAUGUACAACUACUAUGCCAACAUCAAACAAUCUAAACAAGCCAACCAAUACCCACCACCCGAAAAAGUCGAUUUUGAAAAAUAAACGAUUUAAACAAUCUAACGGUGAAUUAUCAUCAACUGUAUUAUUUCAAAAUAUGGACAACACACUUGAUGACUCAGAUACCAGUGACGAUGAACAUGCGGCCGACGAUGAACAUCAUACUUGUACAAAUCAAUCAUCAGAUCAAGUGCCUACAUUCAAUGGUCAUCUUGUAACAAGUAGUAAAAAGUCAAAUAAGCGAUCAUGUGUAACAUCGUCUUCGGAAAUUCAACAACUAUUGUCUUUAACACAGAAAUUAGAGACUCAAUAUUUGAAGCCAAUGUUGGUUCGACAAGAUCGUCUCGAAACAAUGAUGCGUAAUUCGUUUGCCAACCAAAAGAAAAUUCAAAACAUCUUAAGAAAACAAAAAGAACACAAACUACCAAAUGGUUCUACUAUUGAUCUGUUACAAAGAAAAGGUGUCAAAGAACAUGCCAAUCUUUAUGUCACAUCUUUAAUGGAUACACUAUUCGAUGAUCCUGAAGAAUUAGUUAGCAUAGAAGCAAAAGAUCUUCCCAACGAUUAUCGAUAUAAUUUGAUCAAAGAAGCGGUUCGGAACAAAUUUCGUUUGAGUAAAGACGAACAUGAAACAAUGUGGGUGUGGUUACAUACAGUCAUUCUGGCUAAACGACGCACAAUCGAUGCAAAACUGAAGAAAACUCGACCAUUAAAUCAACAAAUUAACAAUUAG